GAGUCUUCAGAGCCAUCUUUGGGGAUGAGGGCUUGACUAAUCCCUUUGAUAACCUUGUGCUUAAGAUGCCUGGCCCAUUAGUCCCAGCACAUGUGCCGCCGGCUGAGCCAAAGAUCCCUGAGCCUCCCAUACCUUCAGCUGACAUCGCGAGCAGGGCAUUCAAAUCCUUCAAGGAUGUACAUCCGAGCGACGAGCGUGAUAUGGUCAUGGACCGAGCGGUGUGCAAACUGCAGCACAUCAUUUGCCGCACCGAUGUUGACCGUUUGUCACCUGAACUUGCACAAGCAGCCUCUUCCAAAGAUGCAACAGACGAAGUGUUUGGCAUUGUGUCUGCUUGUGUAGGUCUUCGUAGUCCUCACACGGUUGUGAAGCGCGCCAACGCGAUCCUUGCAUACUUGAGAUGGUGUGACAAGGAAGGUUACGAGAAGCCAUUUUGUGAGGAUUCUGUGUGGAGCUUCAUUUCCUACUUAAAGAAAGAGAAGGUUCUUGCGAGCCGUAGGAUUCUGGGCCUCAGUGCCCAGCUGGGUGUCAAAAAGAAAGCGACCAACCGAGCCCGGCCUCUCAAAGUGUCAGAGGUUCGCUUCAUGCAUGGCGUGCUAGAGGACGAGAGUGCACCAAUCUGGGACCGAGCCAUCUGUGCCUACCUUCUUCUUGCACUCUACGCAAGAGCCAGACACAGUGAUCUGGUUCUUGUAGAAGAAGUGAUAGCAGACUUUGAUCGCCAGUGCAGCGGAUACCUAGAGAUCCGCCUCAGAUUCCAUAAGACGGCACAAACCAUUGCAAAGAAAAAUGAUUUGUUGCCGGUUAUAGUUUCAAGCAAGGGCAUCGUGAAAGGCGACUGGCUGGGGUUGGCUACUGAUGUAUUUGAGCGUGUGGGCCUCACCUUGGAUGGGACUGUCGGAAGCGUGCCCGUCUAUGCUAAGGAGGAAGCCUUGAAAGCUGUUAGGGCUCUUGAGCCUAUGUGCCAAGCAGUGGCCGCGGGAUCGUUCCACCCAGAUGCUGCCCGAGCCUUGUACUUUACGGAUCCCCCAGCGCCAACUGUGGUGCCACAAGCGCCCGAGUUCAGGGCGGCUGUCAAGGCGAAGGUUGAAAUCAUCAAUGACUCAGCGUCCGAGCGGGCUGAGUCCGAGGGGCAGCACUCUUCAAGUGGCAGCGAAAGCAGCGAUUCCGAGUCACAAGACGACUCCGACUCGUCGUCCGAGUCAAUUGCGCCGAUCAAAGCGCCCCGCCUGGAAAUCGAGCAGUGGGAUGCCGCUGACUGUGCGGCCAAUUCCAGGACCAGGACCCUUCACCUCUUGAAAUUUGUGUCUGGAGGUGGAAAUCUAAUCGCCGCGUGCGGAAGGACCUCAGAGGUCAUGGUUCAAGCGGUACCUCGAAGUUUUGACGUGCACAGUGGACUGUCCGAAGCUCCUUUUGCUCGCCAUGUCCUCGUUAUAAUCGAUAGCGGUGCACACUUUAAAAGGCGUGCGGAUGAGGUCGGCCUCAGCAGUGCCGGGUGGACGAUCCUUCAGGCCCUUGGCAUUACCUCUGUAGGUAAGGCGGCGUACACCAUCACGUCGCCAGGUGAGCCAGUCACAGAACCCAUAUUCCGAGAUUGGGUUGCCGACAAUGCUGCAGGUAUGACUCUGGGUGAUCAAUCAUGCUUGAAAAGGCUCGUGUUCGAGUCCCAGACUCUGGUCGUUGCUGAGUUGCGCGACCAAGUAUCCGGGUCCCAAUCAUCUGCCCCUCGUCGUGUUCCCGAGGCUGAGCGCGACCGAAGACUGAAUGAUCUUAGGGCGGCCCUCCCAGGCAUCACGCUGGAGGGCGUGAACAUGCCAAGCAAUGCCCUGUUGGAUUCGUGUUGUCAGCAAGAGCGAGACAACUUGCUUAAGUACAUCCCGCCUGAGAAGGCCACGAGCCGCACCCAUGAACUCACGAAUCCAAGACCGACCCAUCAGGCGCUGCAGGUCGAAGCAUCCAAAAUAGUUCUCAAGAGUGACGCUGAUGCCGUUGAGUAUCAACCGGUCAAUGCGCUCCAGACCAUGGAGGCCCUUCGGCGACGAGGUUUGGCCAUGGUGUUUGCACAGAUGAUUUCAUAUGAUGCCUACGAUCGGUAUGUGAAUCGUCUCUUUAACCACCUGUCCCGUGACCCGCCGCCAGGGCUCAAUCGCGUGAAUGUGACACAAUUGGUUAACGCUGACAAGCAGGAGGGAUAUACCGCAGCCGAGUAUCCCCUUGACCGAGAGAUGCACCGCGCUUUGGAAUCCUACGAGGCCGGUGGCCUUUGGAUCGAGGGAGCUGGUGAAGAGGUUUGUCCUGACCCCGGGCAUCCCGAUGCCAAGGGACAUGUUCUGCAACUGCAUGAGCCGAUCCAGUUCGAUGCGCACCGGCUGCAUGCGACCUGCCCGUGGACAGGAAAUCGCACUGUGCUAGCAGCUUUCGUAAUCAAUGAUUUCCACAAGUUGGAUGCUCAGCACCGCCAGCUUCUUCAGCACACUGCCUUUCGCUUGCCAAGCCUGUCUACUGGCGAGCUCCUGCCUUUGCGCCCAAGCAUCGCUUCACGGUUCCCUUUGUCGGGGCCCAAGGUGUUGAUCACGUGGUCGUGGAUCAUGCUGCCUGUCCUGUGCUGUUGGCCGAUCUGA